AUGUUCUCCUCCAGACAGAGCUCCAGCUCGCGCUGCCUGGCGCCGUGCGCCGUGUCCUGCCCCGAGCCGCUGGCCUGCGCCUGGAGCCAGCCCUGUGUCACCUCCUGCGGGGACUCGCGGGCUGUCAUCCACCCCCCGCCCGUGGUGGUCACCUUCCCGGGGCCCAUCCUCAGCUCCUGCCCGCAGGAGAGCGUCGUGGGAUCCGCGUUCCCCUCGGGAAUGGGAGCCCAGUGCCCCGUGGGGCUGCAGGGCUCCGCCGUCUAUGGGGGCUUCUUCUCCUCCUCCAGGAACGUCUGGAGCCGGCGCUCCGGGGGCUGCGGGCCCUGCUGA